AUGUUCAAGCGAUGCCAUCACUUCGCACGCGGAUUCUGCAAGCAUGGCAGCGCGUGUCGCUUCCUGCACGCGUCGCACGGCCAGUCGGCGACGGCGCCCGUGUCGUCGCCGGGGUCGCCCAGUGCGACGAGCUCGGACGGCAUGAUGGCGGCUGCGACUUACCCCGAGCCGCAAGGCUCGGAAGAGACUGCUGCUUUGAGCUGCACGGCCGCGAGCGGCGGCGGCGGCGGCGACGAAGGAUCUGGUGGUGAUGCCAGUAACGGCGGUGACGGUGGAGAUUCCUUUUCUGGCAGUAACACCGCAACCGGCGGUGGUGGCGGCGGUGGCGGCGGCGACGGUAGCGGUGCUGGUGUGGCCGGGUCUGCUGUUGGCGGGCUUGCGGGCGGCAGCCCGGGUUCUGCGGCGGGUUUCACGUUGGAGCGGCUCGAGACGGAGCUUUACGAGCUGCUUAGAGACCACAAGGGGCCUAUCCACGUGGCAUCGCUGCCCCAGCUAUACGCGGAGCGGUUCGGGAAACCGUUGCAAGCGGAGGGUUACUUAACAGAGAGCCAGCGGCAGGGGCGGCCCGGACUAAGUCUAACUAAGUUACUCGCGCAGAUGAAAUCGUCGAUCGCGUUCGUCGAUAGGCCGAGCGGGCAGCGCGCGAUCGUUCUAAAGGGGUCGCCGGUACACGUGGCAGCCGUAGAGUAUAUUCCUCUUUUCCCCUUUCUUCUCCCUCCUAUCUGGGCUCUGCUUAUUCCUCCUCCCCCUCCUCCCGCCGCCGCCCAUUUCCCCCUUCUCUCCUCCCUGCAUCAGCAGAAGCGCAUGUUCGGGUUCGCUCCCCCUAAUCCUUCCGCUUUUCCCCCUCCCUUCAUUCCCCCUGCGCGCAGCAAGUUCGGCCCAGUCCACGAAGUCCGCGUGCCGCAUCAGCAGAAGCGCAUGUUCGGAUUCGUGACGUUCGCGUUCGCGCACAGCGUGAAAGCAAUUCUCGAGGAGGGUAACCCGCACCACAUCGGCGACUCGCGCGUGCUCGUCAAGCCGUACCGCGAGAAAUCGCGCCACGGCAGCGCCGCCGCCGUGCACGGGGACCGGAAGACGCGCACGGGUGUGGACCGCGGCGCGCAAGUGUCGCCCGCGAAAGGCGCCAUGGAGCCAUAUUCAGCGGCUGUUGCGGCUGCGGCUGCAGCUGCUUCCGCGGCUGUGUAUGACGCGCCGCCCAGGCGCAAGAGCCUGUAUCAGUCACUGUCGUUUCGGGAGGCAGCUUCGCAGCAGCUUCCGCAGCAUGCGUGGCAGCACCGGCAGCAGCAGCAGCAGCAGCAGCAGCAGCAGCAGCACUACCACCACCACCAACAGCAGCAUCAAGAAGAGCAGGGGGGAGGGCACGAGCAGUGGCAGGUGCGGCUGCAGCAGCAGCAGCAGCAGCAGCAGCGGCAAGAGGAGCAGCAGCAGCAGCAGCAGGGGGCAAGCGCUGAGCAGUGGCAGGUGCGGCAGCGGCUGCAGCAGUGGCAGCAGCAGCAGGAGGAGAACUCUCGGCAAUCUUUAGGGCUGGGCGGAAUCGCUCUGGGGGACGUGGGACGUGCGUUUUCCGGCAGUGACGUGGAUGCGUUGCGGGGCGCAAGGGGCAUGGGGGGCAUGCGGGGCGUGGGGGGAAUGGAGGGCGUGGGGGGAAUGGAGGGCGUGGGGGGAAUGGGAAGUGGAAUGGGUAUGGGUGGUAUGGGCGGCAUCGGAGGAGGCAUGGGAGGGAUGGGUGGUGGUGCUUGCGCUCCUCCCUCCCUCCCUUGCUCUCCUCCCUCCCUCCCUCCCUCCCUCCCUCCCUCCCUCCCUCCCUCCCUCCCUCCCUCCCUCCCUCCCUCCCUCCCUCCCUCCCUCCCUCCCUCCCUCCCUCCCUCCCUCCCUCCCUCCCUCCCUCCCUCCCUCCCUCCCUCCCUCCCUCCCUCCCUCCCUCCCUCCCUCCCUCCCUCCCUUCCUCAAACGCCCACACACCGGCAGCUCGAUGACGUCUUCGAUCUGCACUCGCUUCUCCCUGACAGCCCCUUCACGUCUCCCUUAAUGACCAGCACUGCCAGCACCGCCAGUGCCACCACUAGAGACAAAAACCAAGACCGCCUGCCGCCCGCUGCUGCGCUCACAGCUGGCUCCGCCGCAGCAUGGGACGACGCAGACCGCCCGGAACCUGUUCCUUCGUCUGCUUCCUCUGCGUCCUCUGCCGCCCUUUCUCGGUUCUUCAACCCGUCGCUUCCGACCGCUCUAGCCCCUCCCCCUCCUCCCCCUCCUCCUCCUCCCCCUCUUGAUCAUCUUCAUAUUCAGCAUCAGCAGCAUCAGCAGCAUCAGCAGCAUCAGCAGCAUCAGCAGCAGCAGCUGCCACUGCCUGUUUCCACCCGCCGAGCCUCGUUCGGUGGGAUUUCUACUGCUGCUGCCUCCUCCCUUGCUCCUGCUGCUCCAUUUUCUGCAAGUGCGUUCCCCCCUGUCGGCUCUAUACAGCAGCAGCAGCAGCAGCAGCAGCAGCAGCAGCAGCAGCAGCAUGUCUCAAGCACGGCAUCCCUGUGGGGUCACACAGUGGGGGCAGAGGCAGCAGCAGGGAACGCAGCGACGCAGCUCACUGCUUCUAUUGGGGAACUCAGUAUGGGAGAUGCACAGCAGCAGCAGCCGCAGGAGGAGCAUGGGAGGGUGGUGGCGAGCGUGUGGGGUCACACAUGCGAUUCCUGCUCUGGUAAGAAGAGCCCUGGAAGCGGCCUACACCAUGCAGCUGGCAUGCGGGCACUACCACUGCAGCAAGUGCGCCCCGCAGGUGAGAAGAGGAAGGGGUUGAGAGGGGUUGGAGGUGGUUGGAGGGGGCUGGAUGGGGCUGGGGGGGGAUUCCAGAGGUGCAUUGUAUGGCAGCACACCGCCUCCCAGCCAUCUUUCGUGCUGUUAUGCCCCCGUUCCCUCCCCCUUUUCCUUUACCUUGCCCCAAGGUCCCUCGUCGUGGUGUGUUGUGUCAGCACACCGCCUACCGCCUUCCUCUAUGCUCAUAUGCUUCCCCUACUCGCACCUGUUUUCCACGUCUUCCCCCCCCCAUGA